GCUGUCGUUUCUUCAACCAUAAAUGAUGGAGCCGAAUGUUUUGAUGGAGUCUAGGGACUAACCAGAUAUAUUUGUUGGCAUAAUACCACUUUAUAGUCGCCGUCUUGUGGUGUCAGAAAUAUAUCCGCUGUAUCAACCGAUGUGCAAUAACAGUUUUGAGACGACUUUAAUUAAGAUUAAGUAAGAAGUGGUCGGUUAGCUUAUAACGUUUACUGCGACGGCCUAGCUAACAUUAGCUAGCGCUGUGGAGCUGGGACAGUCCUUUCAUUAGUUCACUGUGAGGCCCCUUGUUAACCUGCUAUAUAUAAUUUUUAUGAUACUAUAGCUCCACCUGGAAUUAUUUCGCUAUCACUGUGGCUAUAUUGAAAAUAACAAUUAUCGUACCUUUAAUUGAAGUCAGCUCCUCGAAAAGCCAGCGUGAGUACGGCUUCUUGAGACCAAAUAAAGGGGAAGUGGUUAUCCAUGUCCACGAGCCACUCCAGAUUAAUAAUCUUUAAUAACAUCAGCAAACAUGUCUUUAGUCGCUUAUGGCAGCAGUGAUGAUAGUGACUCGGAGGAAAUCUCGACCUCUACCGCACCGGAGAGCAAAGUCAGCGCAGGAGGGCUCUUCUCACUCCUGCCUGCUCCUAAAAAGCAAGGAUCUGCAGGAGGACACGAUGGAACAAGCAAGGAGACAAAAGCGAACCCUUCAGCAGGGGAAAGCACGUCAAACAACGACCUAGAUCCUCAACCAUCUAAAGGAGGCUUAUUUUCGAGUCUGCCUAAGCCGAGGAAGCGAGCAGAGCCAGUCAAGAUCACUGUCCCACAGAUCCAGCGACAGGAUUCAGACUCUGAUGAUGAUGAACCAGCAAGGAAGAAGCAACAACCUCAGGGUGCAGGCUCAGGCCUGUCUGCCCUUCUACCACAACCCAAAAACCUGACAGUGAAGGAGACAGACAGACCCCUAAUUCCUCAUGCUCUCACCAAACGGCAAGAACCCAAAGGACCCAAGCCUGGAACGCCUGCGCAGGGUCUGCUUGGUUCUAGCGCGUCUCCCUCUGCUAUCAAAGCUGCAGCAAAGUCGGCCACUCUGCAGCUGGCUAGACAAAUAGCCGCUGAUGACCAGGAUAAUGAGGAGGACAUAACCCCACAAAACUACUUCUCCCUAGGCGAAAGCUCCCAGCCCCUCCCUGCAGUCGUCCCAAGCUUGGACCUUGAGCCAGGAGCCCCUGCAGAGCCUCUUCCUAUCGCACCUGCUGAUGAGCCUGGUCAGUCAGAUGCCCCACUCGACUUUGGGGGGAACCAUGAGGGAGGUGGUGUAUGGGGAGGUCAAUAUUCUCACUAUCACCAGCCCAUGACAGGCCCAGAGGCUUUCCCUCAGGAAUAUUAUAAUGAGUCAUACUACCAAGAUCCUAACCCCGGAUUGUCAGAGGAGGCUGAAGAGCCUGGCCACUCUGCCAUGUUUGAUGAUGAAGCGUUCAUGCGACUGCAGGGGAAGAGAAACAGAGGCAAAGAGGAGGUAAAGUUUCUGGAGAUUAAGGGAGAUGACCAGCUGAGUGGCAACCAGCAGUGGAUGACCAAGAGCAUGACAGAAGAGAAGCAGAACCGUCAGUCCUUCAGCAAGAAAAAAGGAGAACAACCUACAGGACAACAGCGGCGCAAGCACCAGAUAACAUAUCUCAUUCACCAGGCAAAGGAACGUGAGCUGGAGCUGAAGAACAACUGGGCAGAUAACAAGCUAACCCGCCGGCAGACCCAGGCCAAAUAUGGUUUCUGACUGUCACACUGCGGACUCUUGGUGGCAUGUGGAAACCCUGCAUCAGAAAGUAGAGUAGAACGUUCCAGAUUUCCCAGACAAGUGGAAGGUUGUGUUUGGGGAAAGAAAACGUGUACAUACCUUAAUACAGUUUUUCCCUCUUGCCCUCCAUCCUGCAUUUGUGUUGAACUGUUAAUAUUCAAUAGUUGUUUUGGUCAGCUGUUUGAUAAUGUGUUACUUCCACAACGAAACUCCAGUUACAGCCAUUAAACUCUCCUUUGACAGUAAUUUACCACAAAUAAACAGUAAUUUCAAUAAUUUUUUAAACUGGUACUAUACCUGCAUAUAACAGUGUUUUUAAGGUACCUUUCAGGAUGUGAUGUGACCCUGAAGUAGCCAUUACAAAUGCUUUCCUUCGAGUGCAUAUUUUUCCUGUUCAGAUGAUGAACAUUGAACACGUAUGACUAUAAAAAGCUUGGUUCUCUGGCAAUCAUACAGAUAUUAGUAAAAUGUUGCGGUUGAUUAUGAGAAAAGAACUGGAGUCAAUAGAAAGCUGUGACACAUAUUUAUACAUUAAAUCAACAACUUUGUAAUGAAAAAUAAAGAUAUUGCAAAACAAACAUGUUGCUUUGGCUUGUUAAAGCUGUUUUUUUUAAUAAAUAAAUUGCCAGAGAACCAAAUAUGCAUUUCAGUUUUUAGCAAGGAUCAGUCUAGAGCACCAUCUUAUUUUUUUUUUUGGUCAUUAAACAGGAGCUUUACCUCAGUUUUACUUGGCUGAAUCCAGCAUGCAAAUUCCAGGUUCACUACUUUACAGAGUCCUGAACUGAUGAGUCCCUGAUCCUCCAUAUUUCCAAAAUGGGGAAUACAGUCAUUUGAAGCUGAUGUUUUAUUUUAGAUGACUGAGAGGAGGCUUUUACUAUAUUUCUCUCUGCCAGUGUGCCAGAACGUUUUGAAUAGGAGAAAUACUUUUGUUAAGGGAAAAUACUAUGAACUGUGCAGGGGUGAAACAAAGUACUGUCAUUCUAUAGUAAGCGUUUGUUUUAUUUUAGAUGGGUCUAAAGGUGCACAAACUAGCACUGCUAAGAAGCUGUUUUAUGGCUUUUUAUUGAGACACUGACACCAGUGUUAAAUCUAUCAUGUUUUCCAUCUCCUUUAUCAAAGCAAUAGGUUGAAAACCCUCCCGUCAGUAUUUCUGUUAGUUCUUCAAGAGUAGCAAUGCGAAUGUCACGGACCAGCUUGCUUCUACCUGCACUAUAUUUCAAACGCAUUGGAUUUUGCAAAGAGCGCCAUGUGUAAACUACCGCUUGGUGGCGGUUGUGGCUCACUGUAGCAACACAUGUACAACCUGAUCUGCCUCAAAGCUUAAUCUGAUGUUUGGCAGUCGCAAAUAUCUUAAACAUACCAGCAGUCCAAGGAUCACUCCUAAUUGUGGUUAAUUAGUUGAGCAACGAUGGGAAAGAUCUUUUUUGUUUACCUUAUACUUUUGUUGUGCAUGUUGUGCAGUUAAAACUGGUCAAUAAAUCUUUUCCUUUCCUGGCUCUGUACCUUU